GUCACUAGACGGGGUACUACCUUUAUACUAGUCCCAGCAGUUUGUCACACGCAUCCUCACUCGUAGGGUGGUCAUCAUGAGACUAAGWMUUGCUGUCGCUAUCUUGGUUUCUCUUGUGUUCUGUUCGGUUGAGUCCACCAGCGGGAUUGUUUGUCAAGACCUCUUAGAGGAAAGUACAUGCCGUGCCCAAAURCAACAGCCAAACCAAUGUGAACAAGCGCCAUGGAACUCGCAGUGCCGAAAAACAUGRGGACGAUGUGAUGAAUGUUACGAUGCUGAGAAUAUGAUGACAUGCGCAGACAUCAAGAACAGAGGGGAAUGCGAUACUUCACAGGGAGCCCAUGAAUGCAGCGAAACAUGCGGAGUCUGGGCCUGUAAAAAUAMGGUAAGACGUGUAUUCCACAUGUCCUGACUGGAUCACCAUCCUUACAUCACUUUUUAUUUAUGUAGUUAUGGGAUAUUUGUAAUAUAGCAGAGAGUUUGAAAUAAAAGACAUUGCUGUUGCGCC